GUAAUCUAUACUACCUAUGUAUCAAGUCGUCCCUCUGGACAGAGUGUAGGAACAUAAAGAACUCAAAUUGAUGGGGUGUUGUUGCACCAAACAGCGAUUUCAUCAUGAAGAUCCAUCAAUUCUUGCGUCCCAAACCUAUUUUAAUAUUUCUGAAAUUGAAGCAUUGUAUGAUCUGUUCAAGAAAUUAAGCAGCUCCAUCGUCGACGACGGGCUUAUCAGCAAAGAAGAGUUUCAGCUAGGCUUAUUUGGAAGCAGCGACAAACAGAGCCUCUUUGCUGACAGGCUCUUUGAUUUAUUUGACUCAAAAAAUGAUGGGGUAAUAGAAUUUGGAGAGUUCGUUCGAGCUCUGAGCGUCUUCCACCCAGCAACCCCACAAGCACAAAAAGCAGAUUUUGCAUUUCGACUCUAUGAUAUAUGUCAAAGAGGCUUUAUUGAACGAGGCCAGGUAAGAGAGAUGAUCCUGGCACUACUAAGUGAGUCAGAUUUGGUUCUGUCUCAAGACAUAAUUGAGGUCAUAAUUGAUAAGACAUUUGAAGAAGCAGACUCCAAAGGAGAUGGAAGGAUUGAUCCAGAGGAGUGGCAAGAAUUUGUAUCUCGAAAUCCAUCCUUACUGAGGAAUAUGACAAUUCCCUAUUUAAAGUACUGGCCUUGCAGGGAUCUUCAUAGAGAGUUUCCCAGUUUUAAAACUAACGUCAGGCAUUGAAGACUACAGAAGCAGCUCAUCCCCUGAGAAAGACAAGACUAGCUCCCUUAGAAAGACAAUUACAAUGAUGUCAGCAUUAAAAUUGCGCAAAUAAAAGACACAACCAUUGAAGAACAUAUACACAAUUCCUGUCAGCAGCAAUCCAUGCAAAUUUCAAAUUGUCCAUUGUCCAUUAUCGUAGUGGUUAUAUUUACCUUUUCAGCCUCACUGUCUUUCAAAAUUUGUCCUCAUUGUCCAUUGUCACGUGGAUGCAUGAGUCACUUCUUUUCUGUCUCACUAUCUUUAA